AUGACCUCACAACAAACAGCCCAACAACAGUCAAGAACGCAAAGUUUCGAAGGGCAUCGUUUUAUUGGUCAAGAUGGUAUGGUUGAAACUACUUUACAACUUACAAACGAACGUAAUGUAUUAAGAUCUCAGAAUGACCAACUGUGGAAAAUAAUAGAGAAGCAAAAGUCUGUAAUAAAUAAUUUACAAAAAGAUGUUCAAAAGUUAACUUACGAAAGGGAUUUACUUAUUUCAAAAUUAAGAGACUUUGAUAAUAAUUCAAAUCGUCCGAAUGAUGGGUCCACCUUUGUCAAGGAAAGUAAUGGAAAUAAUGAGAAUAAAGAACUCAAUGAAAGUUCAUCUUAUCAGUUAAAUCAAAUAAAUCUUUCUCAAUCACAACAAGAACAGAAAAAGUCAGAAAAUGAAUUACCAACGUUACGAAUAUCUUUACCAUCAUUACAAUCCGAGAAAUCCGAGACUUCCGAUAAUUCGUCAUUAGGUGAUUCCGAAGACACAAGAGGACUUCCACCAGUAGUUAUCAGCGAACCUUCUCCCGUAAAAUCAAGUAAUAUUCUCGAACAUGAAAAGACAUUACAACAACAAUUAAAUUCUAAUCAAUCCGGAGAAAGUAAACCAAUAAUUAAUCAAAACGAUAUUUCAAAUGAUACAUCUCUUGCGCAACCCCCAUCACCAUCAACUUCAAUUAAAUCUUCAGAAUCUGGAAGUCUUUAUAGCAAUGGAAUUAGUAGUCGACACAAGCGUCAUAGUACCCUUAUUAUUGAAGGUGAAUUAGGUAAAAUGGAAGAAAAUGAAUCUUUGGAUCAAAUUCCUCAACCUGAUUCAAAAACAUCUCGUAAUUCUGAUGGAACAAAUGAAUCUAUUGCUAUUUCGUUACCAAAUUCUCCUAUUGAAUCACGUAAAUUACCUGAACCCCUUAAAGCACCAGGGUUAUCAAUGUCACAAAAGACAGGUUUUCCACUACGUUCUCCUAGUUUACCAUCAUCCCCUAAGGCUUUCCUAAAUAAUGCGGAUCCCCCCCAAAUACCGUAUACUAAUAUUGACGAACAGAAUGACACCAAUAAAAGUAAUAGGAAUUCUGUUAACAAUCAAUCAGUUCCUGUUAGAUCACAGUCAUUACCUACUAAAGAAACAAAUGCUAAAGAAACAAAUGAUAAAGAAACAGAUGAUAAAGAGACAAAUGAUAAAGAAAACAAUGAUACAUCAUCAAUAAUUUCUAAAGAUGAUUCUGUGGAUACCAAUUCACAAAGAAAUUCUCUAACUCAUAAUCAUAAUGAUUCUAUUAGUGGCAAUACAUUUUUGAAUUCAAAAGAUAAAUCUUUACGAACAAGUAAAUCUUUUAGUCAUAUUCCUCAAGGGCCAAGAGCGCGUGUUUCUGCAAUGCCUCCACCUCGUGGAGGACAGUAUCCAGACUUACAAAAUCAUAUUUCAAACAAUGCAUUAUUAACUCCCGGAAAACAAAACAAUCGUCAUAGUGUUUUUAUGCAACCUAGUCAAAAUCAAAUGGGUGGUUCCAAAGAACAACACAUAAAAAAUAAAAGGUCACUACCUGAUGCUAGUGUAGUGACUAACCCAUUGUAUUCUCAACAAAUACAAUCACAACAACUCCCACCACCGCAACAACCACCACAACAACCACCACAACAACCAUCACAACAACUACCACAACAACCACAACAACAACCACAACAACAACAGCAACAACAACCACUUCGCCCAGAAACACCCCCCAUAAUAUCUUCAGAAGCUAUUUCUGGUAUUGCAGUUAAGGUUAUUGGCAGCAAUAAAAAAAUUAAUGACAAAGGAAAGGAAGUUUUGGCUUUUACGAUAUCCGUUGGACAAGCUAGAGUAAUUGAUGGUAAUAUAAUUGGAAUGGAAAAAGAAUUAUGGAGAGUUGAUAAAUUGUAUUCCGAUUUUCUUUCUUUGGAUGUAAAACUGAAACAACGUCAAAACAAAAGUACAAUAAAUAAAAUGAAAAGGUUACCGGACAAGAAUUUGUUCUAUAACAAUGCACCCAGCAAAGCGGAUCAACGAAAGAUUGCUCUUGAACAAUAUCUCCAACAUAUAAUAUCACUUCCCAUGAAAGAUUCCAGAGAUUUAUGUGAAUUUCUUAGCUCAAAUGUUAUGGAGCAGGAUGAAAAAGAUUAUCAGCAAACUGGUGUCAAAGAAGGUUACCUUACUAAGAAAGGAAAAAACUUUGGUGGAUGGAAAACAAGAUUCUUCGUGCUGGGAUCUCCAUUGUUGGAAUAUUAUGAAACUAAAGAUGGAAAUCAUCUUGGAUCUAUUCGUUUAACAAAUGCACAAAUUGGUCGACAACAGAAUAAUAAUAGUAAUGAUUCAGAUAGUGAAAAUUCAUAUAGGCAUGCAUUUUUAAUUUUGGAGCCGAGACCAGGAUCGAAAAAUACACGUCACGUAUUGUGUGCAGAGAGUGAUGCAGAAAGAGACGAGGCUAACUCACGUACACUCUCUCAAACUUCAAGAGAUAGUAAUCGUUUUGAAAAGAAAAAAUUAUCUAAUGAUUCAAUAACAAGUACAAGCACCCUUAAUUCCAAUUAUAAUUAUCACCAUAAUCAAACAUCACCAGCGUCUUCAUCCCCAAACUCCUCAAAUAUAUAUCCCCAAAGUGAUCAACCAAAACCUCUGCUAGGCGUUGGUAUUAAUCAAAACACAAGUCGUGGUAGCACAUUAAUUACCAGAGAAGAGAUAGAUCGAGAACUUGGUAUGAUCGGCAACAACAACUCAUAUAGCCAAGGGCUUCGAGAUGCACAAUUACAGAGUCAAUUGAGUAUAAGUAUAAGACAUGAUCGUGUACAAGAAGAAAUUCAGCCACCUCCUGAAAAGAAAGAUAAAAAAAAUUCACGUAAAACUUUCUUUGGAAACAUGUUUGGUAGCAGUAACAAAGAUGAAAAGAAGAAAUCUCAAGAUAUACAACAUGAUUAUUCCAAAGUUGUUUUUGGUGUUCCUUUAGAUCAAGCUAUCGCCGUGUCACGUAUAAAAGAAGGAUAUGAACUUCCUGCUGUGGUUUAUCGAUGUAUACAAUAUUUAGAUGCUCAUAAUGCUUUCGAAGAGGAAGGACUUUAUCGUUUAAGUGGUGCAAAUGCCACAAUUAAAUUCUUAAAACAAAGAUUUAAUACUGAAGGGGAUGUUGACUUGUUAGCCGAAGGUGAAAAUUAUGAUAUUCACGCGGUGGCUGGUUUACUAAAACUUUAUUUAAGAGAAUUACCUACUAGUGUACUUACAAGAGAGUUACACAUUGAGUUUGUAAAUGUUAUUGACCUUCUUGAUCGAAGAGAUCGAAUCAAUGAACUUGGAAGACUUGUAUCUACAUUACCAUUGUCUAACUAUACAUUAUUACGAACAUUGACUGGUCACUUAAUUCGAGUUGUCGAAAAAUCCGAUAUUAAUAAAAUGACCACGCGAAAUAUAGGGAUCGUAUUUUCACCUACAUUAGGUAUACCAGCUGGAGUUUUCAGUCUUUUCAUGUCAGAAUUUGAUUAUAUUUUCUUUACGGAUAGCGAUGGUACUGCCGCACCGAGAACUAUAGAAAUAGCAUUACCUUUUGCUGAAAAUUCUACAAUAAAUUCUACAUUAUUAAAUUCUGUACCUGAUGGAGAUCCUAGUUCACCUACUUCUCUAUUGCCGACAGCUGCCUUGCGUCACCGUGAUAUACGGAAUGAUCAUAAUGGUAGGAAUAAUCGAAAUAGUGUACAUUAUAUGGAUGGCGCACCUGAAGUUGUUGUGGGAUUGGAACGAAAACUCACAGUAGGGAAAUCAACUCUGAAGUCAGAUUCUUCCGAUGAAGAAGAAGUCAACGAUCUCGCUCUUCAAGCCGAUGACGAUGAGGAUGAUGAUAUAGAAAGUAUAUCAUCUGUAUCAGGUGAUGAUUUUGCAGCCACUUCAUCCACAAAUUCUGCUUCGAUUUACUCAGUUCCAGUAUCACCUAGAAAUGCACCACUAUCCUUACCAAGAUCUAAUUCUACUUCACCUAACCCUUAUAGCGAAUUAUCGGAAGAUAGAUUAACAGGAUUUGAUUCAACAGACGCUCGUAAAAUGCGUCGAAUGACUGUUAGAAAUUUCACUGAAAGUGAUCCUAUGUUCGAAGUUUAUUCUGAGAAUCAACGAAUGAUGGAAGCCUUAAAUAAUGGAACUCCAAUGAAUAAUUUAUAG